AUGUUUCAACCCAGUUACUGCUCUGUCAAACUCACAAGGGAUUAGACCUCAGUCCAACACACCCACAACACAGGUGAAGGAUUACAAUUCCCAGUGCUGGAACCUGAACACAGGUCUUUAUAUGAUUUCUGGCACCAUGGGAAAGAAGCUGGAUCUAUCCAAGCUGACGGAUGAAGAGGCCAAGCAUGUCUGGGAGGUUAUUCAGCGGGAUUUCGACCUGCGGAAGAAAGAGGAAGAGAGACUGGGAGAGCUGAAGACCAAGCUCGAGAAGGAGGACACGAAGCUGGAGCUGCUGGGAACCCAGACUAGUCUGACGGACUCACACUGUAUCCGGUGUCUGCAGCCGUUCAAGUUCCUACUGAACAGCAAGCGCCAGUGUCUGGACUGCUGCCUCUACACCUGCAAGUCCUGCAGCCGCUACAACAAGAAGGAGCAAGGCUGGGUGUGCGACCCCUGCAGGACGUCUCGGGUUCUGAAAAUGGGCACCUUGGACUGGUAUCACGAGCACGUCCGCUCACGCUUCAAGCGAUUCGGAAGCGCCAAGGUGAUGAGAUCACUGUACAAGAGACUCCAAAGCGAGCAGAGGCUUAAAUCUGAACUAGCGGGAUCCCGUGAUGACGAUACAUACAGCAUGCCUGAUGUCCGAGACAUGUACGAUAUGCCUGAGGAGGAUGAUGUCACCAUUGAUGCCUCAGAGGCCCAGCGCUACAGACUGAUUCGAAAGACCAAGCGUCUCCUCUCGGUUCACCCCCUCGAUUUCGAUAUGGACUCUGAGUACUCGACUCAGUCCCGCCGACAGUCUCUGCAGCACUCGGGUGGGGGGGAAGGUGUCACCCGGAAGGAGUCGAUGAUCGCCGAGGCGGAUAUUGCCUCCGUGUUCCAGCAGAUCCUGGAGGAGCAGGGGCAGGUGGGUGGGAACCCAGAGCAGGAGUUCAGCACCGAAGUGCACCUUCAUAUCAACUCCCGCAGGAAGAGCCUGGAGAAGUCCUCCAAAUCCGAUGACGGCCACUUCUCUGAGCACAGAAUGAUUCGAGCGCAUCCCUCUCCGAAAGGCAGCCCCACAGGCCAGUUGAAAGGGCAGCAGCACUCCCAGUACUAUGCUGACAUGGACAGGUCUGACGAGGAAGGGGAGGAGGUGCCACGCUUCCCUCUGUACCAGAGUCACUUCCCCAAGCGGAGGAGCCGAGCAUCCUCCCAGGAAAACUUGCACCACUCCAAGCCCCAGAUCUCUGAGCUGAACAGGCGCAUGUCUGCUAUAGAACGCCUCCUAAAACGCUUGGAACAGAAAAUAGUGGUGCCCUCAGGGGAGGGCGUGCAGUCUGAUGCAGACCUGGAGGAGAAGAAGCUGAAGAAGAAGCUGGGCGAGCUGGCUGGAAACAUCAGCGACAAGGGCCUGUCAUCCGAGGAAGAUGUGGGGAGGAGAAAGAAGGUCCUGAGAGAAGCAGUGAUGAGCUCCUCCAGCGAUGACCUCCCAAACGAAGCACAGAAGGUCUACAUGGUGGCUGGUAAGACCUAUAGCCUGGAGAAGACACUGAAGGACCUGGAAGAAACUGCUAAGAGCCGGUAUAGCGGCACCACGGACUCGGAGCUCAGCGAGCUGGAAGACAAGGUGGCAUCUGCAGCAGCUACUGUCCAGAACACCGAGAGUGAGGUUUCGGACAUUGAGAACAGAAUCGCUGCCCUAAGUGCAGCUGGUCUGACUGUGGUUCCGGAGAGAAACAGAAAGAAAUUUUCUGGACAGACAGUGGCCACACAGCAGUUGGUGCGGAGAAAGCUUUCUAAUUCACAUCAAAAUCAAAGUGAAGCAGAUGGGUUUGAUCGAAAUGCAUUGUACAGAGGGUCACUGACUCAAAGGACUCCUGCAUUUAAGGUCAAGAGAAAUGCAGCGUAUGCGAAACCAAUAAUGGCUCAGCAUCCUUAAAGAAAGAAAGCCUGAUGUAACGAAAGUGAAUUCCAUCCCGGACUGCAGCAUAUUUAUAGAGGAACAAAAAGAGAAGGACAAGCUCGAGUAUAGUGAUGUACCUUUCAAUGCUACUGCAGAGAAGAAAUCCUACACAAAUUCUAUUGUACAAAUGCAUUGUAUAUCAUGCCAUAUUAGGAAGCGUAUUGCUCAAACAUAGUUUAUUGUUUCCUUUGCACACACACACACACACACACACACACACACACACUAUAUAUAUAUAUAUAUAUAUAUAUAUAUAUAUAUAUAUAUAUAUAUAUAUAUAUAUAUAUAUUCAUAAUGUUACAUUGUUACUGUUUUGUGGCUAAAGUUUACAGAAUAAACAGUAAAUCCUAAAGGAAAAUACAUCUAUUGCAUGUAUUUGAUCUGCUUUACCCUGAGGUACUACCUGACUUGCAGUCUGUUGAAACUAUACACUAUUAACCCCUGCUGUUCCAGCUGCAGCAGGUCAACAACGAGUAAAAUAAUCAUUUUGAGCUGGUUAUACCAGUGGGCUAGUAAUACCAAUUGUUGUUUUAUAAGACAGCUGAUUCUGCUAAUUACUAACUUUCCUAUGUUACCAGCUAGAUAUUUGUCUUGAUAGGUCAUAAAGCCAAAUUAAAUCAAAUUGUUAGAUACAAUUAAAAAAAAAAAGUGUUAUAAUAAAAAUAAAGCCAAGAACCACUGCCUAUACUUAUUAGUGAUCCCUCUAAAUGAGCACCAUAGUGCACUCAUUUUUAGAAAUGCGUAUGUUUUUUUAGUGGCAAGUCAAACAAAUAUGUUCUGAGUGUCUUCUAUCCAGAUUAUUUUAGACUGUCUUGUAGUGCUUUACAUUAUGUGCAAUAGAAUAACUGCUACUGCCACAUGUUAGGUUCCUUCCACUGUGUACACUUGCUGUAUAAAUACUCAAUAAAAUAUUAACACACCAA